AUGAUCGGAAGAAGAUCUGUCUUGAUCCGACUGCUGUCAAGCUCCUUUUAUAGCUCCAGAAUCAGCUACGAUCCACCUCCGCGUAUCUCGCCACGUGCAGCUAACGAUCCCGUGCCGACCUGGUCCUUGAUCGAGCUGGAGCUCGUCUUUACGUCGACCGGAAUAGCUCGGAUGGCAGUUAACUGGCUUACGAGGGAGUCGCUUGGUGGGCUCGAGGUCUUCUUGCUGGGCUUGAGUGGGCCUGGACUUCAAUCUUGGAUCAAGAUCGCGAACGAAUCUUGUCAACUCGCUGCAAUCUCGCUACCCGAGCUCCUCGAGAACGGAUAUCGCGUGUUACCGAGAUUCGAAAUGAUUAUGUUUUCGAAUCGGACGGUUCAGAUUGAGGAGAGCGAAGAGCCCGUGCGGCUGAGAUCUGUUGGGACCCACAGCGCGUCACAUCAUCAGCUCGUCGCAUGCAAGCGGUUAAGAUCUGUGAGUUGUUGUUUCGAUUUCGAAUUUCUCCAAAACCUCCUUCAACCUCUUUUUCCUCCGUCUCCUCCUCCGAUUACAAUGCCUCCGAAGAAUCGUCAAGCAAGAGAAGGGAAAGGCCGUCGACCUCGGUGGCGACGGGAAGUUUACGCCGCACGCCGAGACGCGCUCGACGCCGAAAGCCUAGACACCUUCCGUCAGGAUUUCGGGAUCCCGGACGAGAUCGAGCUCGUCUGCCGGCUGAGGGCGAGGACCCGGAACAUGUUCGUCCGGGGUUUUGCUGCGCCUACACAUCAUGCACCCGAGCUUCGUCCGCCACGUGAUAGGAUGUGCGGUUCGAGCUCGGGAAGAGGGCGUCUCGUUCGGUGUUCGAGAUUGAGAAAGCUUUUCUCGGUGAAGAACAACACCAGGCUACCCGGGUCGUUUUACUCCUCGCCGAGGCCGAAUCGGCGAAUAUUCACGAACACCCCGCAGAGGGAUAGCGGGUGGAGUGACGAGAUGUUCUUCUUCCGGGUCAGCGAGGCCACGAUGGGCGACUUCGACUUUGGUCGAAUCCGAACGGAGUGGGCGACUAGCGUUGUUGUAGAUCCAGUACCGAACAACCCGGGGAUUGAUUACCUCGUCGAGCGACUCGGAAGGGAAAAGGUGAACUGGAGUACUUUUACUCCGGAACGGAUCCGUCGAGUUCUCAGCUCUCCUCCUGCUCCUCCUCCAGCUGAUCUUCCGGUUAGAUCGGCGCAAGAUUCUAGCUCCGCUUCUUCUGUUCCUCCUCUCUCACGCAGAUCGAAAAUGCCUCGUCGUCAGCCUCUCAGAUCCCGGACCGCAAAGGGUGCCAAAGGCGCUUCCUCGGGUGGAAGUCGAGUUCGUGCCGGCGAGUUCGUAACGGCGGUGGAGGAGGCUAUGGCUUCGAAGCCCACGGCGGGGUCUUCUGCCCUUGCCGACCAGGUGGUUGACCAGGUCGACGCGACCGCUGAAGGAGAGAUCGUUCCUCUCCCGAGUACGGUUCAUGUGAGCUCCGAUCGGACUCGGAGUUCGGAUCAAGGUCACUCGAGGCAGGCGUCGAAGCGAGCUCGGAGUGACGAUGGGAGAGCUCGUUCUCGCGAGGGCGGUCCGACUGCCUCGAACGGGAGCGGGGGAAAGCCGCCGUUUUACUGGCAGUACGAGAAUUCCAGAGGCUUCCCCGUUCAGGACGACGAGGAGGGAACAGCUCGCAUUCAGCUCCACUUCAAGCCCGUCGGAUGCCGGCUCCCGUCCCUGAACCAGAUGUCUGAGAAGGAGCUCUACAUCGCGACGUGCGCUGCGAGCGGGAGGGCUGUGGCAGCUCGUAACAUGUUGGUGUCCCGCCUGGAGUCGAGGAUCAGAGAUGCGCCUCAGCAGAAAGAGCUCGAUCAGGUGAAGGAGCUCGUUGCCAAGUUGACCUCCGAUCUCUCUGCGGCGAACGAGCGGGUAGCUCGUCAGGGUGAGCUCUUGAAGAAACACACCUCGCAAGAGGGUCGUGUGAAAGAGCUCGAGACCAGGGAGGCCGAUCUCUUGCGCCAGCUGUCCCAGAAUCAGGAGCAGAUGGCGGCUUUGCAGAAGGAGAGCUCGAGUGCGCUGACGCAGUCGCUUCGCCUUAGCCGGGAGAACCAGGUACUCGUCGCCGAGAAGGACAACAUAGCUCGCCGUGCCAACCGCGCAGGUCGGAGGGAGAUGGUCGCGAAGCAUCGGGAAGUGCUUGAAUCGGCUAAGGCAAAGUUCGAGGAGAAGAGGGUGGAGGGAGGAAGAGCUCGCCAGGUUGAAGGGGCUCGAGAUGAGGUGGCCGAAGCAGCCAAGGCGGCCCAAGUCUCCGAUUUCUCGAUCGGGAAGUUUAACCUUCCCGUGGUUUCGGAGGACUCGGUCGCGCGCAUGGAGAUCGACCCAUCGACGAGCAUCCCGGUUGGCUUGAACCCGUUCGGGACGAAUGCCGAAGAGAAGGGAAGCAACGAGGAGGAAGAGAAGGAAGAUGAAGAGAUGACCGUCGAGGACUGA